AUGGGUAUCGAACAUCACGAGGAUAUUGAUAAUCCAAAUGAUAAACCACAAGUGGUUCAACAUACCAAGACCGCCGACGAUGACUUAGAUUUAGAUCCAGAAAUGCGCGACUUGAUUGCCAAGUUCGUUGACAUGUCAGAUCAAUCUAAGGCUACCGAACAAAAGGAAAAAGCUAUGGGUCUUAUGGAAGGUUUAAGAACUUUUCCCCUUGCUGCCUUCUGGUCGUUUGUUUUGAGUUCCACCAUUAUUAUGGAAGGUUACGAUACUAACUUGUUAAAUUCUUUCUACAGUUUCCCUGCUUUCCAGAAAAAGUAUGGUAAAGACUAUGGUGGAGACACUGGUUACCAAAUCCCAGCAAAAUGGCAAACUGCAUUAUCUAUGGCUGUCAAUGUUGGUGAAAUUAUUGGUUUGUUCCUUGCUGGUAUUAUCGCUGAUAGAAUUGGUUACAGAUAUACUAUUAUUGGUUCAUUAAUCUUGGCUAUCGGAUUCAUUUUCAUUAUUUUCUUUUCUAUUAAUAUUCAAAUGUUGCUUGCUGGUGAAAUCUUAAUGGGUGUUCCAUGGGGUGCUUUCCAAACUUUAUGUAUUACCUAUGCUUCUGAUGUUUGUCCAUUAGCUUUGAGACUUUACUUAACCACUUGGGCUAACUGUUGUUGGGUCAUCGGUCAGUUGAUCUCUUCAGGUGUCUUAAGAGCUUAUGUCGAUAGUAAUGCUGUGCAUGCUUACAGAAUUCCAUUCGCUUUACAAUGGAUGUGGCCAGUUCCAAUUAUUAUUGGUACCUACUUGGCUCCAGAAUCUCCAUAUUGGUUAUUGAGAAAGGGUAGAAAGGAAGAAGCCAAAUUAUCUGUUGCAAGACUUAUUACUGAAAACAAAUCUUUACACCACAAGGAAGCCUUCGUUGACGCUUUAGUUAACAAGAUGGAGUUCACUUUACAAGAAGAAGCUAUCUCUGAAGCUGAUGCCAACUAUUUACAAUGUUUCAAGGGAUCCAACUUGCGUAGAACUGCAAUUGCUUCGAUGGUUUGGACUAUGCAAAAUUGUACUGGUUCUGCUCUUAUGGGUUACUCCACAUACUUCUACGAACAAGCUGGUUUAUCUACCAACAUGGCCUUCACUUUCUCGAUUAUUCAAUACGUUUUGGGUCUUUUAGGUACUCUUGCAUCUUGGCUUGUUUCCCAAAAAUUGGGUCGUUUUGAUAUUUAUUUUGGAGGUUUAAUCAUCUUAUUCUGUCUCUUGUUCAUUGUUGGUUGCCUUGGUAUUAAACCUACCAGUUCUUCUGGAUGGGGUGUUGGUUCCUUACUUCUUGUUUACACCUUCGUUUAUGAUUCUUCCAUCGGACCUAUCUGUUACUGUAUUGUUGCUGAAUUGCCAAGUGUUAGACUUAGAAAUAAGACUGUUGCCAUUGCCAGAAAUGCUUACAACAUUUCAGGAAUUGUUAUUGCUGUCAUUUCUCCAUACAUGUUAAACCCAACCGCUUGGAACUGGAAGGCAAAGACUGGUUUCUUCUGGUCUGGUUUCGCUUUCGUCAGUGUUUUCUUGACUUGGUUCUUCUUACCAGAAACCAAGGGUAGAACCUUUGCUGAAUUAGAUCAAUUGUUCGAACUGAAUGUUAGAGCCAGACAAUUCAAGCACACCGAAGCUGAUGUUUUCAAUGCUGACCGUCUUAUCGCCAGAAUGGGUGAUGAUGGUGUCAAGAUGUUCGUUGAAGAAAAUAAGGUCGAAGAAAAAUACGAUAGUGAAAGCGCUUAG